AUGUCGCUAAACGAAUUAUCAGAUUUAAAAGUGUUGCACACCAUCAAUGAACCCCUCACCUCAGAGAAUGAAGAUACCUCGCAAAUGGAUUAUAAUGAAUCUUCGUCCCAGCGGAAAAGAAGUAGUAGCGGGGAAGGUAUGAAUUUCUCCCCACCAGUAAUAAAAUGCAGGUCGAAAGGAACCCCACCGGCAAGCAUCAGACAAAGUGUGUUGUCCUCACUCAGAGGAAUAGUAUCAGACCUGCAAGCCACAUGUUUAGAUCGUGAUAAUAAAAUCACAAAGCAGGCUGCAGAAAAGGUCCUCGAUCACGUAGGGGCCAUACAAGAUCUAAUAUUGAAUUUCCUAACAGAGCAUGAGAGAUUGCAGGGCAAGUUUGAUAGGCAAUUAAAACUUAUGGCACAAAAGCCACAGCCACAAGUGCCAGCUAGCUUCGCGGAAGUCACUAAGCGAGGCAUUCAAAGGCAUAAUAAGACUGAUGGAUCGCACAAAACUCAAAAAGUGAUGUUUGUAAGGCCAGAAGAUCCUGGGGGUAUAAAGGAUAGUGAUGAACUUAAAGCAAAAUUCAUGAAAUCCAUAGACCCCAGGAAAGAUCGGAUAAGAUUCCGACAGAUUCGAAAAUUACGCAAUAAAAGUCUUCUCUUAGAAGUAGAGAAUGACGAUGAUAUUGAGAAAAUCCUUCGAAAUAAAAAGUUGAGGGAAUCAGGAUUGAAAGCAGAGCAACAAAGUAAAAGAAACCCGAAAGUAAUAAUGUAUGACGUUCCUCGGCAGCUAGAAGAAAAAGACCUGCUCGAGGCACUUCGGAUUCAAAAUCAAGAGGUGUUCUCUCCGGCAGACGGAGCCAACGAUUGUAAGCUUCUCUUCAAAACUGGAAGAAUAAGGGAUGAUCAAGUGCACUGGGUGAUGGAAGUUACACCUAGAAUAAGAGGAAAAUUGCUUAUACAGGGAAGGUUAUUUGUUGACUUUAGUAGUUGUAAAGUAAAAGACUACAUAGGAAUAAGUAGAUGUUUCAAGUGCCAGAGCUUCGGCCAUGUCGCCAAAUUCUGCAGGGAACAAGAGGAUAUCUGUUCCCACUGCUCGGAAUCCGGACAUAGGUACAAAGAAUGUACAAAAAAGAAGGAUCAGGGACAAUGUGCGGCGUGCAAGAGGCUGGGGAAGCCGCAUAUGCACACUAGGAAUAAUAAGCAGUGCGCGGCUUAUAAAAUGGCCGUAGAACGAUAUCUGAACACUAUAUCAACUGAGUAAUGGGCUCAGACAUUAACAUCAAAGUGAUGCAAAUCAAUUGUGGAAGAGGUCAAAUUGUCCCCGCAGAGUUAAGGCAGGCUA